AAACAGAAGUUUCUAAAUUUGAAAAAGAAUACAGUGCACAUAGUAUAUUAACAUCUCCAGAGGGAUUUGAAUUAUACAUACGGUAAAACAUUAUAAAUAUAACUUAGUAAAUCUUUACAAAAUUAACAAAUGGUAAUAUUUAUGCCAUAAAACAUAAGUAGUAUAAAUGGAUAUACAAAUGUGCUUUUAUCAGUAGGUCUGGUGGUGCUUCCAAAUGAGGGAGAUUAGUAUUUACAGUCAACCAAGUCAUGGAAAAUACAGGCUUUGCAUUUCGUACUUGGGGAAAGGGAUCAUGGGCCUGUAUUAACAGGAGGAACGGUUUUAUAGAACAAGAUAAUUACAAAAGGUUACAAAAGAACAGGUACUGGAUGGAGUCCCUGAACAUCCCUCAAGGAUAGUGUUUGUUUGCUCCUGUAUUCCACCCUUCCCCAAAAUCCUGCUAUUCUGCUCUUUUCCUAGGAGUUCAUGUCCAGAUGCUAGCCUGGCCACCACAGGGUAUCCCUCUUGGCAACUAAAAAGGUCAGCUCUGGAGCCCAGGCUGAAGGCAGCCAGCCCUGAGCCUUAGACCAGAGGAAUGGCGUCCCUCCAGGAGCCCCAGAACCAGGCUCCUGGGGAGGGAGAAGGACUUCUGAUUGUGAAGGUGGAAGAUUCCUCCUGGGAGCAGGAAUCUGCCCAGCAGGAAGACAGCAAGGAUUCUGAGGCCUGCCGCCAGCGCUUUCGUCAGUUCUGCUACAGGGAAGUAGGUGGGCCACAUGAGGCCUUCAGCCAGCUCUGGGAGCUCUGCUGCCGCUGGCUUCGGCCUGAAUCGCACACCAAGGAGCAGAUCCUGGAGCUGCUGGUGCUGGAGCAGUUCCUGACGGUGCUGCCGGGGGAGAUCCAGGCCCAGGUGCGGGGGCAGUGCCCGGUGAAUGGUGAGGAAGCUGUUGCCUUGGUGGAGGGCCUACAGAAGCAGCCAGUGAAGGCCUGGCGGCAGGAUUUGCCCUCAGAGAAUGGGGAACCUGAGGCCAUGAUCCAGACAUCCCAGGCCAAGGGGCCUCCCCUGAUGGGGGUAUGGAGCCGGCUGCCUGCUCCCCAGGAUCAGCCCAGCCACCGUGCCCAGCUUCCUGCUCUUCUUAAAGAGAGGAGUACCAGAGAGACACCAGAUGCCUGCUUUGCCUCUGGGGACCAUGGACCUGGGGCAUUGGGAGACAUUCCCUUCUAUUUCUCGAGGGAAGAAUGGAGCUCCUUGGAUCCUGCUCAGAGGGAUCUCUUCUGGGACAUAAAGCGGGAGAACUCCCAGAACACCACCCAGGGUCUGGAGCUCCAAAGCCAAAACAAGAAGGCCCUGCUGGAAAAGGUGGUGAAGGCGCUGCCAGGCCAAGCAGGUAGCGCAAGGACCGUGUCCCGGAGCCCUGGGGAAGCUGAGGCCUGGGGGAGAGAGCGCCAGCCUGGAGCGACCCUGGAUCUGGCUCGCCACCAGCGCACACACACCGGCGAGAAGCCGCACAAGUGUCCCGAGUGCGACAAGAGCUUCCGCAGCUCUUCGGACCUGGUGCGCCACCAGGGCGUGCACACAGGCGAGAAGCCGUUCUCCUGCACCGAGUGCGGCAAGAGCUUCAGCCGCAGCGCCUACCUGGCUGACCAUCAGCGCAUCCAUACUGGCGAGAAACCCUUUGGCUGCAGCGACUGCGGCAAGAGCUUCUCCCUGCGUUCCUACCUGCUGGACCACCGGCGCGUGCACACCGGUGAGCGGCCCUUUGGCUGUGGCGAGUGUGACAAGAGUUUCAAGCAGCGUGCACACCUCAUAGCCCACCAGAGCCUGCACACCAAGAUGGCCCAGCCCGUGGGGUGAGCAGCCAGGGAGAAUCUUGCUGCCCCCUUUGUCCCCUCGGGGCUUCUCCACCAGUCUUGGCUACUUCUUGGCCUGCUGGAGCGAUUCAGGCUCAAGACAGCCCUGUGGCCCCCAGGACAGGCCCCACACUCCUGGAACAAAGGUCUGGCUGACCUUGUCUUCCCUCCUUGUUCUGCAUUUCUUUUUUCCGUCGUUCCUGGAGUCUUAGUGUAUUCCUGGCAGGGGCAGCCAGCUGUGUGAGAAUUCAGGGAGGGCCCUGGGAAGAGCCCUGGCCCUCAGCCGCAUGUGGCCAUAGCUCUUUGUUUCCGGCUUUCUCAGGUGGGUCUGUGGGCCAGGCCUCUGCCCUGCCGACCUGUGCCUACAGUGGGGGCAGAAGACCAGCCUCGGCCUCCCCCAGGUGUCUGCUUGGCUUUGGGAGGGACAGCGGGCCCACACCUGAGAAACAGGUCGUCUGUGUCUAUCCGCAGGG